GUGAAGAGUUUAUUUCAGAGUUUCAGAUUUCAAACUCACACUUCUGUACUGACAUGUGUGUGAACUGUGAAAGGAGGAAACUGUUCGAGGAGGAAGGAACUGGGUUUUUAUUCUUCUGUGAAAGCGUGACAGCGACUAGACGGCAGUUCCUUUUCGGUUUCUCAUCAAAACUAAAGCCAGACAGAGCUACUACUGCACUCCGUACAGACAGCAGACCAUGAAGCUUCUCCUUUUAAUGAGUCUUCUGAUCUACAGCUCCAUACAAACAGCUCAGACUGGAAUAUUCAGUCGGAGUGAAACAGAGGGGAGAUUCGUCAUCCUGGCCUGUGGAAAUGAGGGUAACGUGACCUGGGAAAAAGGCACUGAUGAAAGAAGAUCUACCAUCCUCACAGCUAAAGAUGGAGAAAUCACCCAGAGACUCAGGCCUGAUCCAGAAAACAGAUACAGUGUAUUAACUGAUUUAUCACUGGUGAUAAGGAGCCUUUCUCUCUCUGACUCUGGGAUUUAUUACUGUAACGCUGCUCCUGCAGUGAAUCUGACUGUGAAUCCUGCUCCACCAGCAGCCAGCACAGCUUCACCUACAACAACAGCCAGCACAGCUUCACCUACAACAACAGGUUUCUUUAGCGCUAUUGCUGUGCUGGUCGGAGUGCUGCUGAUAAUGUUGGCUCUGUUCGUACAGAGAUGCUGUUUCAAAAGGAAAGCUGCCAGAGCCACCAAGACUGAUAAUGUCUAUGAAAUCGUAAAUGAUGAGGCAGCAACCACACAGCCUGCAUCUUCUCCUCCAAAGGAAUAUGAAGCCAUUUAUGUGCUGGCAGGUGAUCCGGAGGUCAUAAAACUGGGCUUGAAGAACCAAAGUGCAGCUUCCCCUUUAAAACCACAAGCUCAGUCCACUGAGAACAACCCGAGUGAGCCGCUCUAUUCCAGCAUCCAGCUUCCCCGGCCUCUGUAAGGCCUAGCUCUGGUGAGUGGUUGGAGAUGCCUAGGAUGUGACAUUAUAUCAGGUCAGAAGUUAAGAAGAUAGCACAAAACAUAUUUAUUCACCAAAGAAGCUAUGAAUCAUAAUAUAACAUUGAUAUUACCCUUAAUGUUUAAAGACCACUCCCACUAGUAUAUUCACUAUACACACUAUAUGGCCAAAAGUAUGUGGACAGCUGACCGUCACACCUGUAUGAGCCUGUUGGCCAACCCUUUCUUCAUGGAGUUGACCUAUGUUUGUAUCUAUAACAGCCGUCGUUCUUCUGGGAAGCUUUCCACAAGAGAAUGGUGUGUAUCUGGGAAUUUGUGCCCAUUCAGUCAAAAGAGCAUUUGUGAGGUCAGACACUGAUGUUCUGGCUGACAAUCAAC